AUGGAUGAUUCAUCGGGUACUUCGGACCCUCGCAAGGAACCAAAUGGCCGACAAGCCGCUUGCCUGAAUUGCAGGAAAAGCAAGGUCCGCUGCAAUCGAAGCCAGAGCGAUGCGCUAUGUGGCAGAUGCAAACAAUCUGAUUUAGAAUGCGUCAUACCUCGCCAUCACAUCGGCAGGCAGAAAGGCGUCAAAAAUAAACGCAAGGGUAUCGAAAAAGCCCUGCACCAAAUUGAACAGGCCAUUAAGCGGCCUAGGAAUAGCGCAGGGAGUGAGGUCUCUCAAAAGCUUAUCUCGGACUUGCAAGAUCUGCUCAAUGACACUCCGGGACAACAAGCAGAUAGCGAGUUUGAUAACCUCCCCGAGGACCAGGGUCAACAUUACAGGUGCCGUUCGCCCCAUGAUAAUAAUGGCGACAAUCUGUCCCUGGAUGAUGCGGAGAACCCUCUGCAAUUGCUGGCGCGCGCCUCAGAUCUUCAAUUAUCACCAAAUGAAGUGCAUGACCUAGCUAGAUGGCCAACUUCAACAUCGCUUCGGCCCCAGGGUGCAAUUCAAAGUAGCGCCAUAUUUGCAAAUGCAUCUGUUGCGCAAUCUUAUUUCGUGCCUAUUCGGGCGAGUCUAGAUAUUGGCUCAGACAUAGACCCCAUCGACAUUGGACUUAUAACUUCAAAUGAAGCCGAAUCCCUUUUUUCUUUUUUCUAUCAAUAUCUCGCACAUACUAGAUGGGGCCUUGAUCCCCUGGUUCACACAGCAGCGUUUGUACGCUCUCAAUCCGCAUUCCUUUUCACUUCUAUCAUGGCUGCUGCUGCUUUGUUUCUGCCAUCUGCUACAGCGCUGUCAAAGAGGCUCUCCAGACAUUGUAAAGCAUUGGCCCAAAACGUCAUUAUGCGACGCCACCGAUCGGUCGAGAUUGUCCUCGCUUUCAUGAUAAAUGUUCCAUGGAUGGAGCCGGGUAGUUGCCUGGGAGAUGAUGAUACAUGCUCCUACAUUGCAAUGGCUUUAGCUGUUGCGCUAGAUCUUUCGUUAAACAAAAUUGUGACGCCAUCCACAAGUUUUGAGACCGGCCUUCUGAGAAGGCUCGCCAAGGCGGAGUGCAUAGAUUCAAAGAGGGCUCUACAUGUGGACCGAUUCGAUAACAUAGAGCCAGACUCUGAAUGGGGUUGGAGGCUACUGCGAAGACGCGAAAGAGCCUGGAUAGCGCUAUUUGUCCUUGAAAGAGGCGUAUGCCUUGCCCGCGGGAGAAGUUAUACUGUGCCUUCAACUGCCCUCAUUGAAAAUUGCGACAGGUGGCAUAUCUCCGAUUUUGCAGACUUUCGAGAUGGUCCGAUGAAUUCGAUGGCUGUUUUGCGACGGAAUUUAGACGGGCUGUUUAAACGGGUCAAGGCCAAUUGCAACAGUCACCCGGUCAAUGAUGGCGGGUUUGAGGCAGCCCAGUCAAUCAAAACCAUGAUAGAAAGUUUCUAUGAUCAAUGGUACGAGACGUGGGCUCCGGCCAUUGGAGAAGGCCAAUCACAUUCUCUUCCACCAUAUGUCGAGAUUCUAGUAACGCAUACCAGAUUGUCCACCUACGGUGGCGUGAUCAAUCAUCCGACAGCACCUCUUGAAGUCAAGCGCUUCUUUCGUGCUGCUGGGCUUUCUUCAGCACUGAAUGUCCUAAGAGCUGCUAUUCAAGGAGAGUCACGAUUGAAGUCUAUGCCCAACAACACGGUUAUCAUGAUCUCCUUUGCUGCAUGCUCUGCGCUGAGCCUUAGCGUGACUCCGGCAGAUCCCAGAUCAAGUCUGGCCCCAAGCGUCCGCCACCUUAUUGAGGAGGCUGCUAGUGUCCUUGAACGGAUAGGUGGCACCCCGGGUCACAGAAACGGGACAUCUGUCCUAUAUGGGAGAUUCUUGCGAGAACUUAUCAGACGUGCUCCCGUGGGCUCGGACUCUCGGAACCUCGAUGGAUUGCGAACGCUGGCCAACACAGAAACCCCGAACCCCCCGCCAGAUAUAGAUGGGCAUGGGUCCGUAAAUUCGAUGACACAGCCAUCGUCGAUUUCGCCCUCUCUUAUAUGGGCCGAGCCGCUGCGAUUUUCCGCCAUGUCCGAUGACCAAAUCAUUGACGCGGUCAACCGAGCAGGUACUACUGCCUUCGGGAGCAACGUACCCGACGUGCCACUAGAAGAUAUGAUGAGUUGGGAGUGGUUUGACAUGGCCAACGCGCCAGAGAUUAAUUUCUGA